AAGGCCCAAACAGGCCCGCCUCAACGAGCCGGCAGCCCGGCACUAUAAUUCCGCCUUCUCCCACCCCUCUCACACCCUCUCGCCAAAACCCUAGCCGCCGCAGCCGCCGCUCGGUGCUCCCGCCCUCUGUUCAGAUCUCUAUUCGCAGCCGCCGGCCAGGGACCCCUUCACAGCGAGGAACAUGGCUGAUCAGGAGGCCCCAGUCGCUGUUGAGGCACCGACCCCAAUUCUUGGAGAGCCGAUGGAUUUGAUGACUGCUCUGCAGCUCGUGAUGAAGAAGUCAAGUGCUCAUGACGGACUUGUCAAGGGUCUUCGUGAGGCUGCCAAGGCCAUUGAGAAGCACGCUGCUCAGCUUUGUGUGCUUGCUGAGGACUGUGACCAGCCUGAUUAUGUCAAGCUGGUGAAGGCGCUCUGUGCUGAGCACAAUGUUCACCUGGUCACUGUUCCUGCUGCUAAGACUCUUGGCGAGUGGGCUGGGCUUUGCAAGAUCGACUCUGAGGGCAAGGCAAGGAAGGUUGUAGGCUGCUCCUGUGUCGUUGUCAAGGACUACGGUGAAGAAUCUGAGGGCCUUAACAUAGUGCAGGAGUAUGUCAAGUCACACUAGAUGUAAUACGUUUCAGUACUUUGGACCUGGGCUUAAAAUUAUGCUUGCAUCUGGGGCUUGCUAGGAGACUAGAACAUUUUACUAGAAAAGCCAAAGAGGAUAUGAGCAAUUUGGACAUCUGAAAUUUUUGUUAUGGUGCUGUCAUCUGGUUUUAAUGCAAAUCAAGAAGAGCUGAGUUUAUGCUUGCUUUGCCGUUA